AUGGCCAAGUCAAAGGCGCCGAAGCCUUCCAAAUCACGGCCCGUGUCGACGUCAGAGCUCAACCAGCCUUUGCUCCCAUCUUCCGGCUCGGUCACGGCAUCGACAGCAUCUUGCUCUUUCUCCCCGGCUCCUGAUCAUACGCUCUUUGCACACAUCAGCAAUCAGAUCCACCAACAACGUCUUCGUGUCUACAAUGCCUCCGCUUCCGCAGCAUCGAGCUCGCAGCUCGUCACAGAUUUCCUCUUGUCUUCCUUGGGAGGAGCCGAGUGCCUCUCGUCGCACUGGGUCCGACUGUCGACAUCGUCUUCCAAGUCGGCCAAGCGCAGAAAGCAUGAUGCAAAGGGUAGCGAUGAUCUCUCUUCCUCUGAAUCUUCUCAGCUCUUCUUGGCGCUCGGUCUGAGCACAGGUCAGGUGCACCUCUUGAGCCCUGCGCUAGCUCAGUCCGUCGCUCUCCUCGAUGCUUCCUCGGCCUCAGGCAGCAGCACCUCUUCGGCAGCAAACGCCGGCAUUGUCUCCAUGUCCUACUCAGAAGGCAGCAAGUCGCUCUUUACCUGCUCCAAAAGCGGCUGGGUCUCCUCGUUCGCGCUUGGUGAUGUCAAGCUGGGCGACCAAAUCACCCCGUUGCGACCCCUCUCCUCUUUCCGCCCCGACACCAAGUCUGCAGUUCAGUUGCUGUCCUCCCGACAAAACCUUGUCCUCUCUGCGCAUCACAGCAUCAGCUUGAACGAUGUCGCUCAAUCGGAUCACUCGCUUCGUGCAACUUUCACUGGCCACGCAUCUCCGGUCACGCAUCUCGAAUGGAUCAACGACAACUCAUUCCUCUCCGCUGCAGAGGGCGACCGCAUCGUCAGUGCCUGGACAUUCGAAGCCACGGCUGGAAAGGCUCUCACCGGCCGCACUUUCGCAACUGCCGCUCUCGACGGUCCUGUACGAGCUCUCUCGGUCUCCACCACCUCUGCACAGCAAUCACGUACACUCAUUACGAUCGUUACACAGACCGGAAGCGUCCGUAUUUAUGGCCUUCCCGCAGAGCCCAUGUCUGAUGCAUCGCCAUCAAAGAAGAAGUCAGCCGCAUUGCCGUCCUUGGAACUGCUCGCUCAGUCCUCGAUAGAGAGCGGCGGAGCUUCUGUCGAGUGGAUCGACGCAAGGCUUGUAUCGGACAAGCUUCGUUUGGCUCGCCUCGUCCGUGGCGCCAAGGUCUCGAUCGAUGAGACCACCGUCCUCUCUGGCAAGGACGCUCAAUUGCAAAAGACAAUCACUCUGCCAACAGCUGGCGGUAAGCAAAACUCGUCUGCCGACACGGACGGGGCUCAACUCACAGGUGGUGCUAACGACGUGCAGAGGUACACAGAUGCGCCAUUGCGACCCGAAGAUGAUGCUGCUCUGGAGGCAGGUCUUGAGGACGCCGGUCUUGUUGCCUCAUCUUCGACAAGAGCUGCCGAUAUGGAGCCGACAUUAGCUCAGCGACUGAAAGACCUUGGCUUCGGUGAUCCUUCGCUGGCCGGUCAAGAGGCAGACGAAGAUGACGCCGAUGUGCCAACCAAGAAGCAGCAGGCCUUGAUGAACGAAGCUUCGCUCGCUUCAUCUCUCUCCCAGGCUUUGCACUCGGGCGACACAAGCCUCCUCACAAGCUGCCUCAACCACAACGACCCCAUCCUCAUCCGUAAUACGGUACGCAAGAUUUCCGGUCCCCUUGCCGUUAAGCUGCUCGAAGAGUCUGUCAGCCGUCUCAAUGGCGUUGGCGGCCACCACGUCAGCAAAGGUAGUAUGGGCAGUCAGAAAGCCCGAGGUUUGAUGGAGUGGGUUCGUGCCACCUUGCUCAACCACAUGGGCUACCUCAUGUCUCUUCCCAACCUCGUCAAUCGUCUUUCUGGCCUUCACGCUACGCUUACCCAGCGUCUCGCGACACACGAGCGAUUGUUGGCGCUCAACGGCCGACUCGAGUUGGUACUGUCGCAGAUUGAGGCACGCGCUGCAUACAUGUCGCAGGCCAGCAACAACCAGGUACGCGUGCAGGGUGUCAAAUUCGGCAAGAAAAUGCAAGGUAACGCCGUCUCGCAAGCACAGAACGGUGUUGACAAGGAGAGGAGGAAAGGCAAGAAGUGGGUUGAGGAGUCGGACGACUCUGACUCGGAUGACAUGGCUGUGGAUGGCGAUCAGGACGGCGUCCUCGUACGAGGCGACGACAGCGAGGACGGUGAUGUUCAAGACAUUGCUCUCGGCGCUGACGACAGCGAUGAUGAUGAGGACGACGAUAGCGACGAUGAUGGUCCUGUGCCAAGACGACGACGUGCCAGGAACGGACGCAUGUCGGAUGGUAACACUUCUGCUGACUCUGCUUCGGAUGACGAUGAGGAUGACGGCGAAGGCAUCAAAGAAGACGAGGAUGAAGAGGAGCUUCCAGACGAGAGUGACAUCGAAGAGGAGGGCGCUAGCGACAUGGAAGAUGACGAUGAUGAAGAGGAGUAUGACGAAGAGGAGGGUGGACGUGAUGCCAACAGCAUGUUCGACCUCGAAGCUGAGGAGGGCACCGAUGAGGACGAUGAGGACUAG